AUCUGUUGGACCAGCAUACAGUUCCAUAUCGGGGACAAGAACGGCCAUAGCUGUCACUCGAAGAAACGCCCCCUUCAUUCCAGUCGUUGAGCUUCUCGACAUUGCACCAAGUCUUCUACUACGCGUCUUCGGGCAUAGCUGCUGGCUCUGCUGGUUAGCUGUUGGUUUUACUGGAAGCUGACUGGAGGUGCUGUGUGGCGCAGGCGGCCUGUGACGACUCGGACUUGUGUACGUCGUGCUCGAAGCAGCGGUGUGAAUACCGGGGUCCGUCGAUGACGCCGAGCUGGAGGUGUGUCCAGGAGUUUGGCGACCCUAACCGGCCUUGGGACGUAAACCGCAUGAUCCUUUGAAGCGAAGCGCCGUGGUGCGCCCUCUAGGGGGCGCCCCCGCAGACCCUAGGACGAACUCCUGAGGUCCAUGAGGGGCUGGAUUCCCUGGCGGGCCCUCUUGCUGGCCCUGCUGCUCCCCGGACCAUGCUUCAGGACAGCCGAGAGUCUGACCCUCUUCGAGAAAUGCAUGCCGGACCUGGGCUGCUUCCGCAACGGGGGCAACUGGUUCCACCUGCUGUACCGGCCGGUGUCGCUGCUGCCCGACGACCGGCACCUAGUCAACACCACUUUCCUACUCUUCACACGCAGCAACCCCGCGGUGCAGGAGUAUCUGCAGUCAGACGCCGAUCACCUGUUGCACCACACCGUGUUCCAGCCGAAGAAGCCUACCAAGAUCAUCAUACACGGCUUCAUGGACAACAUCCUCGUCGGCAACUGGCUUUUCGAGAUGAAAGACCGUUUACUGGACACUAUGGACUGCAACGUGAUAGUGGUUGACUGGCGCGGAGGCAACGUGCUGCCUUACAGCCAGGCCACAGCAAACGGCAGGGUCGUGGGGGCGGAGAUCGCCUUUCUAGUCAAGACAAUGGAGAACGUGUUGGGCGCGAGCCAGCCAAGCUUCCAUUGCAUCGGACACAGCUUGGGAGCCCAGAUCUGCGGCUACGCUGGCGCAAGACUUGGCAACCUAGGUCGGAUCUCAGGACUGGACCCUGCCGGUCCUUUAUUCUACAGGAUGCCCCCCGACGUGCGGCUGGAUCCGACCGACGCCAACUUCGUCGACGUCAUCCACUCGGACGCGAGCAAGCCAUACUUCCUCAUCGAAGGCUUCGGAGUGAACCAGAUGGUGGGACAUGUGGACUUCUACCCAAACAACGGCAACAACCAGCCGGGCUGCCAGAGGUACAACUUCAGGAAGUUUGUCGACGAAGGCGGUCUCAUUGAAGGUGUGCGUCGUCUGAGCUCCUGCGACCACAUCCGUUCGCUGGACUACUACAUGGAGUCCAUCACCCGCGACAUGCGUUGCCUUCCCGUGGCCGUGUCGUGUCCCUCAUGGGAGGAGUUCGAGGCCGGCCGGUGCUCGCGAUGCGGCGGCAAGGACUCUCACUGUGCUGUCAUGGGUUUCUACUCGGACCGCAUGAAGACCAGCGCCGAAGGACAGCGCAUGGGACGCAAGCUGUACCUGAAGACCAACGAUGGCCACCCGUUUUGCCUGCACCAGUAUCAGGUGGCUGUCCAGAUGUCCAAGACCCCCAAGAGAGCGGUGUGGGACGCCUUCGGACAGCUCUACCUCAACCUGAAGGGAAAGUUUCAUGUCAGGCUUGGACAAAGACCUCAGGACAUCCGCGGUGGACGUCGGUACACUUACUACGUCACAACCCGGGAGGAAGUUGCCGACGCCGGAGAGCUGGGGCUGCAGUGGAACAACAUGGAUCCAGAAGUGGACAACGAGCUGUUCGUGCACUCCGUCAAGCUGCGCCCCUUCGACAGCUACUUCAAGCGGGGCAAGAAGAGUCUGACCCAGACUCUGUACUGCGCCAACAACUCUUACGCACUUCAAUCGGGCGAGGAGCUGUUCCUGCGAGAAACCGACUCCUGUCCCGACUACUGAGGCUGUUUUUCGGAGCGCAACUCUGUGAACUUGUGCUCGUAGAGUUCAUGCUAGAGCGGUCCAUUCAGUUCAUCCGUUCCAGCCUUAAAGAAAAAAACAUAGAACACUCGUCGUUACUUGACCGGAGGAAUGACGUCAUCUGUGCCAUGACAUCGUCAUCGAGAUCAUUCAGUGCCAGCAAGAUAUAUUUUUCGCCCAUCUUUAGUGCAUCGUCAUCGCAAGUGCCCCGUUCUUUUUUGUUUCUCAGGAAAAGUGUGAAAUGCUGAGUACCGCUGGAGGCCACAGGACGUUUGAUUUAAGCGAUAUUUGUGGACGUGCAUCAUGUUUGUUGGUGUUGAUGUAAAACAUUACGCUCAACGCCGUGUCAGACAGAGCGAUUUUUUUUUUCUGGUCUGCAGAAUAAACACUCAGGGGUGCCUGGUGCAGUAUAAUG